GCUUUUACACAACUCGUGGAUUUAGACAGCGUUUCUAAUAUACGUUAUAAAACGAAACUGCCAAAUCUCCCCCAAACCCUUCUCUAAAUUUCUCUUACAUGGCGGCUUCAUCGUCUUCUGUGUCGUCGUUCUCCUCAGGUUCGUCGUCCUCUGAUACGUCAUCGUCAUCCCACCGUCGUCGUCGCCGCCGAAAUCUCCGCCGCGAAAAGGAUAGAGAUAGGGAGUCUCUUAAGAUUCGUAAAAAGUCCCGGUCACACACGAAAAGGCGUCGCAGACACCACAAGUAUUCUUCGGAAUCUGAUUCCUCCCAAUCUGAUUCCUCCAGGAGUGAGAGUUCUGAUAGUGAGCAUGAAAGUCACGCAAAGAGGCAUAAGAAGAGUGACAGACCAAAGAAGACUAAAGAAAAGGACAAGAGCAAGAGUCAUCGCCACAAACGGCAUAAGCAUAAAGUUAAAGAGGAGGAGCAGGAUGAGGGAAGUAGAGGCCCUGUACAGCUAUCAAAGUUUUUAGGACGUGACAAAGACGAUGGAGUCCGUCGAAGUGCUGUCUCUGGAAAAAAGAUUCUAUUAAAACUUGAUAAAUCGAAGGAGGAUAAAGCUGCAGAAAAUAAAAGAAACGAGUUGCUGAAAUUCUUGAAUGCAAGCUUUGAUUGAGCAAAUGGUGUGUGUCAAAUCUAUAGAACCAAGAAGUGUACAACAGCAUACAGAGGAGCUAGCUAGUUCAUCUCAGAAGAACGAUCAUGUCUUCCCGGAUGACUAGGUCAUUAAGCUUGGAGUCACAUUUAUAGAUUUAUGAGAAAUUUAGGAACUUUGUUAAAUUAGAGUCUUGAACUUUUACGACAGUUGGGGUGAGAGUUUCUGUUUCAGGUAUUGUAAUGUGUUACAUUGGUGCAUCCUUCAAUUCUUAAACUUUCAUGGAACUUUGGAUCAACUGUAUCAUCCAUUGGUGCUUAAUGUUAAACAUUUUUUAUUUAUUGAUGGUUCAUGUGGAUA